GCGGCGGUAAGAUGGCGGCGGAUGGCGGGGGCAGCCCCGCGCUGUCGGCGGGGGAGGAGGAGCCGCCGCUGGGGCUCGAGUCGCUGGUGGAGGAGGAGGCGGCGACGGCGACGCCGAGCGCCGGGUUCAGGCUGACGGCGGCGAAGCGGGAACCGGCGGUGCGGCUGCAGCACGGGGUGAGCGGGUUGGAACCGCUGGCCUGGUCGGAGGAUCACCGGGUGUCGGUGAGCACGGCCCGCAGCAUCGCCGUCCUGGAGCAGCUCAGCGAUGUGCACAGCGGCGGGCAGGAGAUGGUUAUCCACCGCACCGCCGUGCCCGCACCCGCCGCCGCUUGUCUCCUCAAGGUCGGUCCGAAAAAGGAGGUAGCAGAAUGUAGGGAAAAGUUUGCGAGUUCAGGGGACCCAACAGUCAGCCAGACUUUUAUGCUAGACCGAGUGUUCAAUCCCGAGGGGAAGUCACUGCCACCUCUGCGAGGAUUCAAGUAUUCCAGCUGGUCCCCCCUGGGCUGUGAUGCCAACGGGAGGUGCCUGCUGGCAGCUCUGACCAUGGACAACCGCCUGACCAUCCACGCCAACCUCAACAGGCUGCAGUGGGUGCAGCUGGUGGACCUGACAGACAUCUAUGGGGAGCGGCUGUACGAAGCCAGUUACAAACUUUGUAAAGGGGACACUCCCCGGGGGGAGCUCGAGGACUUCCCGGAGUUCCAGCGCCGGCACAGCAUGCAGACCCCUGUGCGCAUGGAGUGGUCGGGAAUCUGCACCACCCAGCAGGUGAAACACAACAACGAGUGCUGGGAUGUGGGCAGCGUGCUCCUAGCAGUGCUCUUUGAAAAUGGUCACAUUGCAGUGUGGCAGUUUCAGCUUCCGUUUCUGGGUAAGGAAUCAAUUACUUCUUGCAAUACCAUAGAGUCUGGAAUAAAUUCCCCAAGUGUGUUGUCUUGGUGGGAAUACGAACAUAACAACCGAAAGAUGAGCGGACUCAUUGUAGGGAGUGCUUUUGGACCAGUUAAGAUCCUUCCUGUCAAUCUAAAAGCUGUCAAAGGCUACUUUACCCUGAGACAACCCAUAGUCUUAUGGCAAGAAAUGGACCAGUUGCCAGUGCAUAGUAUCAAGUGUAUUCCUCUUUACCACCCCUACCAGAAAUGUAGUUGUAGCUUAGUGGUGGCUGCACGAGGACCUUACGUGUUUUGGUGUCUCCUGUUGAUAUCCAAGGCAGGUCUGAAUGUCCAUAAUUCCCACGUGACAGGGCUCCAUUCUUUGCCCAUCGUCUCCAUGACCGCAGACAAGCAGAACGGCACGGUGUACACGUGCUCCAGUGAUGGAAAGGUAAGGCAGCUCAUUCCUAUUUUCACAGACAUUGCUUUAAAGUUUGAGCACCAGCUCCUUAAGCUCUCAGAAGUGUUUGGCUCUGUCAGGACUCACGGAAUAGCUGUCAGCCCCUGCGGGGCCUACCUGGCAGUUAUCACCACAGAGGGCAUGACUAACGGUCUGCACCCCGUUAACAAAAACUACCAAGUUCAGUUUGUAACUCUUAAGACUUUUGAGGAGGCAGCUGCCCAGCUCUUGGAAUCUUCUGUCCAGAACCUUUUCCGGCAAGUGGACUUGACUGAUCUUGUACGCUGGAAAAUUUUGAAGGAUAAGCAUAUUCCUCAAUUCUUACAGGAAGCACUGGAUAAAAAGAUUGAGAGCUGUGGUUCUACUUACUUCUGGAGGUUUAAGCUGUUUCUCCUGAGGAUUUUGUACCAGUCGAUGCAGAAAGCUCCCUCAGAGGUCAUGUGGAAACCUUCACACGAGGAUGCAAAAAUCUUGAUAUCCGAUUCCCCCGGGAUGGGCAGCACUGAAGAUGAUCAAGAGGAAGGAACUUCUAAACAAGCCAGGAAGCAGAGCCUGUGUGACACAGGCAAAGGUAUGGACAUAGAUGACACUGCAGACGAUUCCCUUCCUCAGUCAAGUGACGUAGGAGGCCGUGAGCCAAUGGAAGAAAAGCUUCUUGAAAUACAGGCACAGAUUGAGGCAGUAGAGCUGCACUUGACACGAGAACACAUGAAGCGGGUGUUGGGAGAAGUUUAUCUGCACACAUGGAUUACAGAGAACACCAGUAUUCCCACCAGAGGAGUCUGUGACUUCUUAAUGUCCGAUGAUGGCUAUGAGGACAGAACAGCACGAGUGCUGAUUGGGCAUAUCUUAAAGAAAAUGAACAAACAGACAUUUCCAGAACACUGCAGCUUGUGUAAGGAGAUCCUGCCUUUCACUGACCGCAAGCAGGCAGUCUGCUCCAAUGGACACAUUUGGCUCAGGUGCUUUCUAACCUACCAGUCCUGUCAGAGCUUGGUGUACAGGAGGUGUUUGCUUCAUGACAGCAUUGCAAGGCACCCAACCCCAGAAGAUCCUGAAUGGAUCAAGAGGUUGUUGCAAGGACCUUGCACGUUCUGUGAUUCUCCUGUGUUCUAGAGAAAAGCUGUGUAAAGGUUCAAAGUGUUUUCUCUACUGCAUAAGCUCCCUUUGGUCUCAGAGGACACAGAGCACAGGAAUUCAGACUUCACUGGAAGGGGAAGACAUUGUCCAUGGCUCUGUAAACAACAUCAGAUGUUCUGGAAACUCCUUGAGUCCAGAGCCUGUUCUUGGCUCCAGAAACAGAAGUACACCUGGAAAAACAAGUUUCUAAAGCCAUUUGGAAAUGCACCCCAUCAAAGCAUCAGCAGCAGGACACAUUUCCUUUUGCUGCAGAGGAACUGAAGUCUUAAGCAGGUUGUGUGAACUCUGCCCCACAACUCUGUAGUCUCCCAAAAGCUGGGAUGGGAACAGUGGAGCUGCCUCUGAAUGGCCUUGGUGGGGAGAGAAGGCUUCAGCUUGUAGUGCACCUGGUUGCUUUUUAACAAGCACUGGCACUUGCUGCAGAAUAUUAAACUAUCAAAAGAAUUUGUGGUUCCAGUUUCUUGCAGAGUGAAGCAUUUGCCACAUGAAAGAAACUUGUGUUAGUUAAGCUCAGUCUAGAGGAGUAACUGCCUCUUCUCUGUUACAGCAAUCAGAAGGGUGAUAUUGGCUGCCUGGGUCAAAUAUCAGUAAGAAUAAUUUUUAAAUGUAAUAAUUGUUAAACAAAUAGCAAUUAGUUUAAGCACUAAUAUAUAAACAAUUUUCAAUGCUCUCAAGUCUUUUGGCCCCCUUAUUCUGAACUAAGUUCUGACCACUUCCUUGCUUUGGCCAAUGUCUAUGCCUUUUGUUUCACUUAACCCUCUACCAAUAGAAAUCAUCUCUUCCAGUCACCAAAAACAUUACUAAUUUUCCUUAUUUUCCAUUGAAUUGAGAGUCACCCUCAUACAACACAAGAUGAGUUCUACAGUAGUUUGAAACACAGUAAUCACUCCCAGCUGACAGUUUCUCUUUUCUUUAUAAUGCAGUAAAAACAAAAACCCAAACAGCACCAUGGCUGAAGUGUUUUAGGGAAAGUUUCCACAGGUGGUCACAGAGUUUGGUGAGGCUCUUCUUGUAUAAGCCUGGGUUCCUCAUCAAGAGAUUGAUAAAUACCCCAGUGAUGUAGCAUGUCUGCUCCCAGAAAUUUAUUCUGUCUUCUAAUUGUCCUGCCAGAAACCCCCCACAUCUUUCUCUCCUUGGCAUCUGGUUUCUAAGCAGGGGAAGCCUCA